UAACAAAAAAAGCUUACUACUACUUCAUUACUUGUUGACAAUGGCGUUCUAUCGUCUCUCACGAAUCGCCCGGAGUCUCCACCGCCGCCGCCACCACCACUGCCCUUCUCUCUCCACCGCAAACUCCUAUUUCUACUCACCCCAACCCUCUACCAAUUAUAACUCCCCUCCCACUCGCCGCCGCCUGCACCACCUCUUCGACCUCUCCGGUAAUUUUGGCUCCAAAAAUCAAUGGCACAAUUACAGCAGCUCGAUAAGAUCAAUCGGCGCCUAUCACGAACUGAUUCAGCACUCCAGCUUUUCCACCGCAGCACCCGACGGAAAACGAGAAGAAUCGAAAAAUUCGAAUAGCAACAAUGGCGAUCGCUCGUGGAUUGAUGUUUAUUUGCCGGAAAAUGCGCGGCCGUACGCUCGGCUGGCGCGGCUCGACAAGCCGAUCGGCACUUGGCUUCUGGCUUGGCCAUGUAUGUGGUCAAUUACAAUCGCGGCAGCUCCUGGUAGCUUUCCGGAAAUUAAGAUGAUGAUGCUUUUCGGUACAGGGGCAUUGCUUUUGCGUGGUGCAGGGUGCACAAUUAAUGAUUUACUUGAUCGAGAUAUUGAUACUAAGGUAGAACGGACGAGGUUGAGGCCCAUAGCAAGCGGUGCAUUGUCACCAUUUCAAGGAGUUUGUUUUCUUGGUUUUCAAUUGCUUUUGGGUUUGGGGAUUCUUCUGCAACUGAACAAUUUUAGCGGUGUUUUGGGGGCUUCAUCUUUGUUGCUCGUUUUUUCAUACCCUCUUAUGAAGCGACUGACAUUUUGGCCUCAGGCCUACCUUGGAUUGACAUUUAACUGGGGUGCUUUACUCGGUUGGGCUGCUGUUAAAGGGAGUCUUGAUCCAGCUGUCGUACUCCCUCUUUACGCGGCUGGUGUAUUUUGGACCCUUGUAUAUGAUACAAUCUAUGCUCAUCAGGACAAAGAAGAUGAUAUACGAGUAGGUGUCAAAUCGACGGCCUUGCGAUUUGGGGAUUCGACAAAAGAAUGGGUUUCUGGAUUUGGAAUAGCAUGUAUUAGUAGUCUCGCUCUUAGUGGAUAUAAUGCCGAACUUGAAUGGCCCUAUUACACAUUCUUAGCUGCUGCGUCUGCUCAAUUAGCUUGGCAGAUUUCGACAGUUGAGCUUUCAAGUCGUGCUGAUUGCAACAGAAAAUUUGUAUCCAACAAGUGGUUUGGAGCAGCCGUUUGCAGUGGGAUUCUGUUCGGAAGGCUCUUAUCCUGACGGUACGAACUCACCUUUUUUAAAGACAGCCGUGUGUCGUUACGGCUGUUACGAUAAUUUUACUCAAAUAGGUGGAUGACAUUUUUUUGUUUCUUUUAGUCUUAACAUUUGUAAGUGUUACCUCUCUUCAUUUAUCAACCCGAGUUAAUUUGCUAUAUAUAUAUAUAUUGGUCUUAACUAUGUAUUUUUUUACGAAAUAACCCCUCCUUCAGUAGGUAAAUUUGACACCGUAAAGUAGACGUGUGAGACAAUACAUAAUUGAAGAGUGAUUGUAUUACUCAAA